AUGGCGAAGGACCACUCCCCGCCCAGUAGUGAGGGCGCUGGAGCUACCGACAAGAAACUCGAAGAAAGAAUAGGCACCGAAGGGCUCGACUUACCCGUUUAUGACAAUGAAGUUCGAACAGAAGAACAGACGUAUGCGUUUGACGACUCGCGCAAGAUUGGGAUUACUGGCGCCGGCUUCUUGAUCCUGAAUAAGAUGAUUGGCACAGGCAUCUUCUCAACUCCCUCCGGCAUCUUCGCUGCCACCGGUUCUGUCGGUGUCUCUCUCAUGCUUUGGGUUAUCGGUGGUCUUCUCACCUUCUGCGGUCUCUCCGUCUUCUUAGAAUUCGGACUUGCUAUCCCCCGUUCAGGCGGUGAGAAGAACUACCUCGAGCGCGUCUACCGGUCUCCAAAAUACCUCGCCACCUCCGUCUUCCUGUCGCAGAUGGUUCUUCUCGGCUUCUCCUCCGGUAACUCUUUGGCUUUCGGAAGAUACGUGCUCUUCGCUAGCGGACGGGAUAUUGCAGACGGCUGGCAAGCCCGUGGUAUCGCCAUUGCGUGUAUUACAUUCGCCGUUCUUCUCCACGGUUUACUUCCCAAAUGGGGUAUCCGACUCUUUAACGUCCUAGGAGUCUUCAAAGUCUUUAUCCUCCUCUUCAUUGUCUGCUCCGGAUUCGCGGCCCUUGCUGGUCACCGUCGUAUCCCGGAUCCACAUAAUUUCGACAAUGCCUUCCGUCUCGAGGUGGGUGAUGGAUAUGGUGGUGGUGGUGCCUAUGCCUAUGCUACGGCACUGCUUAGAAUUAUCUACUCCUACAAAGGUUGGGAAAACGCCAACUACGUUCUCGGCGAAGUAAAGAACCCAAGGAAGACACUCAGCCUUGCUGCUCCAAUCGCCGUCGGUGGUACAACUAUUCUCUACGUCCUCGCCAAUGUCGCCUAUUUCGCUGCUAUUCCCAAAGCCGAACUUGCCAAGUCUGAAGUCAUCGUCGCCGGUAUCUUUUUCAGAAACGUGUUUGGAGACAGUGCCGGUGCACGGGCCCUACCAGUGUUUGUGGCACUUAGCAACUUGGGAAACGUUCUGGCUGUUAGUUUCGCACACGCCCGUGUUAACCAGGAACUCGCCAAAGAAGGCUUGUUGCCAUACAGCAAGUUCUGGGCCAGCAACUGGCCAUACAACGCCCCAUUGGCUAGUUUGUUCCUCCACUGGAUCGUGACUGUUAUUGUGCUUAUCGCACCACCAGCUGGACCCGCCUACAACUUCAUCGUUGACCUGUACACCUACCCAGGUGCUUGGAUCAACGGUUUCGUCGUCGCUGGCCUUAUCUACAUUCAAUUCAAGAAGUCCGAAAACUGGACAUCGCCAUGGCACACCUACUUGCCCAUCAGCAUAUUGUAUCUCCUUGCCAACAUCUUCUUGGCUAUUGUACCUUUCAUUCCACCAACAGGAGGAUCAAACCAAGACGGAUAUCCAUACUACGUAUUCCCAAUUGUCGGUGUGGGUGUCCUGCUUCUAGGAGGUGUCUACUGGGCUUUGUGGACCAAAGUUUGGCCCAAGAUCGGAGGCUAUAGGAUUGUUGCUGACCGACAUGUGCUGGAUAAUGGUGAAGAAGUUAUCAGAUAUAGAAAGGUUAAAGUUGGUCACUCGGAGUAG